AUGGCUACAUCACAAAAGACUGAGUCUCCCCAAGAGGCUGUGUUUGGAGGUGCUGAGGGACCAGACGCAAUGUAUGUCAAGCUCGUUUCGUCAGACGAUCAUGAGUUUUAUGUCAAGCGUGAAUAUGCCUUGACCAGUGGCAUAAUAAAGGCAAUGCUCUCCGGCCCAGGCCAGUUCCAGGAGAACGAGACGAACGUUGUGCACUUCCGAGAGAUACCCUCACAUGUGUUGCAAAAGGUGUGCAGUUACUUCGCCUACAAGGUGCGCUACAGCAACUCCUCCUCGGAGAUACCCGAGUUUCCCAUUGCCCCGGAGAUCAGUCUUGAGCUUCUAAUGGCUGCCAACUUCCUCGACUGCUAG